UACCCAUCCCAAACCCACAACGAUCACACAGAAACAAGCGGCGCACAAAGGACAGCAGCUAGCAUGGGUCCAGCUCGCCACGCCGCCGUCGGGACGCUCCUCGCCGCCGUGGUGCUCCUGCUCUCCGCCGCCGUGCCGGGCGCCAGAGCGCAGGCAGAAACAGAGCAUGAAGAGGGGUUCAGCUACAUCCCGGGCGCGCCUAACGGUCCGGAAAACUGGGGCAAGAUCAAGCCGCAGUGGGCGAACUGCAGCGUGGGGCGGAUGCAGUCCCCCAUCGACCUCUCCCACGAGCUUGCCAAGCUGGUGCAAUCCCUGGGCUACCUGAAAACCUUCUACCGACCCGCUGAGGCCACCAUCGUCAACAGCGGCCACGACGUCAUGGUGAGUUUCAAGGGCGACGCCGGGAGCCUGGUGAUCAACGGCACGACGUACCACCUCAGGCAGUUGCACUGGCACACCCCCAGCGAGCACACCAUCGACGGCCGCAGGUACGACAUGGAGCUGCACCUGGUGCACCAGACCUUGGCGAACAAGACAGCGGUGAUCGGCGUCCUCUACGAGAUCGGCCCCAUCAGGGACCCAUUCCUGCAGAUGCUAGAGCCCUUCAUCAGGAGCAUCGAGAACACGAAGGACCAGCCGAAGGACAUCGGGGUUGUAGACCCCAACGGUGCCCGCGGCAGCGGCAGCGCCUACUACCGCUACAUGGGCUCGCUCACCACGCCGCCCUGCACCGAGGGGGUCGUCUGGACCGUCGUCAGAAAGAUUAGCCCCGUGGCAAAGGACCAGGUGAAGCUUCUCAGGGAUGCGCUGCAAGACGGAAAUACGAUGAACGCGAGGCCGCUUCAGGAGGUGAACAACAGGGACAUCAGCAUCUUCCGCCCUAAGCCCCAUCAUCAUUAUCACUAGUGAUGCAUCGGCUGAUCAACAGAGAUAACAUAUCACAUUUCAAUACCUUAUUAUAGCAGACGACGAUAUAUGUAUCUUGUAAUUCUCUAUGUUUCUAUGUACUUAUGUUAUGGAAUAAUCGAGUAAUUAAUUAAUAAAUAAAUGGUCCACUACUUCGUCCACUUACUACGAGGUAAUAUCU